AUGAGAACUGAAUUACAAAAAGUAAUUAAUUUAAAAAACUUUUUCAAAAUCAUAGGAUCUUCUAGUAGCCAAGUUACUUAUAAUUUUAAGAAACCUAGUAAAGUUUUAUUUAAUAAUAUUUACAUAAACUGGUUAAAAGCAAUUUCUACCAAGAGCACCAAACAUUUUCCUGUAUUGAUAAACAAGAACAUGGAAGACUUAAAGAAAAAAGCUCUUCCAUUUGGUGCUAUAUGCCACUGCAUAACUGAUGAGCAUGACAUUGGUGUCCAACAUUGUCUUUCACAAUUUGCUCCGGAAAAGAAAACUAAUCUCCAUUUGAAACUUUACAUACCGAAACAGGAUGCAAUGCAGUACUUCAUUCAGUGGCAACGUCUCAGGAAAUAUUGGUGGAGUUCAAUAACCACCACACCAAGUUUAUUCUCUAUAAAUGAAAUGAAGUAUGUGAAUGACAUGACUGAGGUGGACAUAGUGGCUCAAUUUCCCUGGGGCCAAGAGGUGGUUGAAACUGUCACAUUGAAUACUCAAAUCACUGAUGUGAAAAACGCGCUGUGUAUCAGCUGUUCCACAACUCUAGAAGGUGCCCUGUUUAUUCUCCUGCUGGACGGACAGAAUAAGCCCUCUGAAAGCCACUUGAGGCUUCACAGGAAAAUGGCGCCAUACAAAAUAUCCUUUGCCUUAGACUACAAAGAUACCGACAAUAAAGAAACAUUGAAUGAAUUAGCUAUCUUGCUGUACAACAUAUUGGAAGGUGAAAAAAUAUCCACCUGGCUUCCAGACUUCGCCUUAUCAAUGGAAUCACAGAUAAAGGAAAACUUGCUCAUGGGAGUAGCUUACACAGCCGUGAUCAGUGAAGGUACACUGUCAAAUGGAAUCAUGCAUUUGUUAAACAGCAACACUACCCUGAAGGAACAAAUACACAUCGCCGAUUUAAGUUCUUAUGCAGCACUUUUGUUUCAAAAGUAAUUAUAGAUUGAAGUAGAAAAGUAGUGUGAGUAACAAUAAUAAUAUUAAUAAAAGAUUAUUAAUCUAAA